UACAGUAAUACACCUAAUCAACAUUCGCUCCCUUUCAUCAAAAUAUUCCCAAUGGAAAACCAAAUCAUAGCAAUAUCAUCACUCCUCAUACUCACCUUACUAACAUUACACAUCCUAAAAAAAAUAUUCCCACAAAAAAAACUAAACCUCCCACCCGGCCCGAAACCAUGGCCCGUGAUAGGCAAUCUCAACCUAAUCGGGCCGCUCCCACACCGCUCCAUCCACCAACUCUCCCUACAAUACGGCCCGGUAAUGCUCCUCAAACUCGGCUCGUUUCCCGUCGUCGUCGGCUCCUCGGCCGACGCCGCCAAGAUCAUCCUCAAAACAAUGGACCUCACCUUCGCCUCGCGCCCCAAAACCUCCGCCGGAAAAUACCUCACCUACAACUACACCGACGUAGUCUGGUCCGACUACGGCCCGUACUGGCGCCAGGCCCGAAAAAUCUUCUUGAUGGAGCUCUUCAGCGUGAGGCGGCUCGAGUCGUACGAGUACAUUCGGGCCGAGGAAAUGGGCUCUCUAGUGAAGGAGAUUUUCGGGAUUUCGGGCCGGCCGUUUGUGCUCAAGGACAGCUUGUCGACGAUGAGCUUGAACGUGAUAUGCAGGAUGGUUUUGGGGCGGCGGUAUUUGGACGGCGGCGGCGGCGUGGCGGUGGAGGAGUUCAAGGAGAUGUUGGAUGAGCUUUUCCUUCUGACUGGGGUGUUGAAUGUUGGGGAUAUGAUUCCGUGGAUUAAUUUCUUGGAUUUGCAAGGGUAUGUGAAGAGGAUGAAGGUGUUGAGAGAGAAAUUUGAUAGGUUUUUGGAGAAUGUGCUCGACGAGCACGAGGCGAGGAGGCGGGAGACGGCGGGUUAUGCGAGCCGGGACAUGGUGGACGUGCUUCUCGAGCUCGCCGAAGAUCCGAUGCUAGAUGUGAAGGUUCAGAGAGACGGCGUCAAAGCGUUUACUCUGGAUUUGUUAGCGGGUGGGACCGAGAGUUCAUCUGUGGUAGUGGAGUGGGCGAUGUCAGAAUUAUUAAAAAAACCCGAAAUUUUUAAAAAGGCGACAGAGGAGCUUGAUCAAGUUAUUGGCAAAAAUAGGUGGGUGAUGGAGAAUGAUAUACCUAGCCUCCCCUAUGUGAAGGCUAUUGUGAAGGAAACCAUGAGAUUGCACCCAGUGGCGCCUAUGUUGGCGCCACGUUUAGCGCGGGAAGACUGUAAGGUAGGUGAGUAUGAUAUCAAGAAAGGCACCCAAGUUCUUAUUAAUACGUGGACAAUCCAUACAGAUCCAUUGUUAUGGGAAAAUCCCAAUGAAUUUAAUCCAGACAGAUUUAUUGGAAAGGAUAUUGAUGUCAAGGGACAAGAUUUUGAGCUUUUGCCGUUCGGAUCAGGCCGUAGAAUGUGCCCGGGCUAUACAUUGGGUUUGAAGGUAAUUCACUCAAGCUUAGCGAAUCUAUUGCACGGAUUCAAUUGGAGUUUACCCAGUGAAAUGAAUCCCGAAGAGUUGAAUAUGGAUGAGAUUUACGGGCUUUCAACGCCAAGAAAGUUCCCACUUGUUACUGUUGCCGAGCCCAGACUUCCACAUAACCUCUAUAAUUCAAUGAUUUGAAUAACCUCUAUAAUUCAAUGAUUUGAAUGCAUUAUAUUAGUGGGCCUGAAUUAGCCAAUAUAUUAAAUGGGCUUAAUCUAAUUAUGGUUAUGUGUUGUCAAUAAUUUGAUCGUCAUUAUCUGUCGAAAAAGAGAUUUUCAUUGUUUGUA